GUUCAACACGAAUGCCGUAUUUAUUUUGUAGCUGACUAACGCAGUUUUAACUGCGGCAGUGUAGUUGUUAGUGGGGUUAGUUGAGUUUUGAUUCCUAAACGGACUAGAAAUACCAGAAAAAAACAUGGAUUCAACCGGCAUAGUGAAGACAUUUGGAAUGGUUGCCGUGGAAGCGGUGGUAAUUGUCGCUGGGCUGUAUCUGUUGAAUAGAAGAUUAAGGGGUCAGGCAACCAAAACUAAUGAGAAUUCUACAGAAAGUAAGCAAACCUUGCCAGAUAAUAAACCUAUGGAAUUACAAGAAGAUAAAAAUCUUCGUCACAGAGGAGUUGCCACAAAAACACACCAACCUGAAGAUGUGAAUGAUAAUACAGAUGAUGAAAGAAAAAAAAUGAAUUACUACCAUGAGAAAGAUGACAACGAAACAACAAUAAGAUCAUUAUUCACACCGACUAACAAGGAUAAUUCUGUCCAAGACUACAGCACAAUGAGUAAAUCAAUGCCUAAAUAUGCCACACAACCGUUAAGUGCAUCUAAUAUGAAUAGUGGAGUGAAACGCAAUAGUCAUGAACAGUAUGGCAGCUCUCUUCAAAUAAAGAGUGAAGGGAAAUCUAUUUCAGACGCACAAGAAAUUAAAAAGAUUGAAAAACUUGAGAAACAUAAAACUUGUGUUGAAGAAAGGAUGGUUGGACGGACGUUUGAUUAUGUAAUAUCAGAUACAAAUGCUAACAUUGAUGAUAAACGUCAUGUAGGCACGGUCACUGGAAACUCUGGUGAGAAAAAAUUUUCAUUCCAGAUCUCGCCUACUAGUAAAAUGCAGUCACCUACAUGUAGUACCACCAUUGAUUGGUCGAGCAGUGAUGUCCCAAUGAAGAAAAAACCAUCGGAGGUAACACCGCAAGAAAUUAUUGAUAAAAUUGAAAAGUUACGAAAAAGAGUACAUGGCUUGCAAGGUGUAGAUUCUUCACCGCUCAGCAGUACAGUAUACACAGCAAAACCAACAGGUGCAAUAACAGCUUUAGGACCUUGUGUCAAUGAGAACAUUAACAGCACAAAAUCAAAAUCUGUUACACACAAGGUGGUAACAAUAAGAGCACCAAGAUUACCCGAUGUAAACUGGGAUGAUAGUGGACCAAAAUCACCCCCACCACAAGUUGCAAAACAUUUUGAGAGUUACAGUGCCCCUGUUGCCCUUACGGAUGAGCAAAGACUGGUUGCCAAGGUAACAGGAAUUGAGAAAGAUAAUUUGGAAAAUGACAAGCAGGACUGUACUUUAGAGGUAAUGGAAGAUAUAGUGGGUGACAUUGAAACAUGCAAAAUAAAAGAUGAACCAGGACACCUCAAACAGUCAGUGGCUGAUGAAAAAGAUGUGAUACUUAAAACUGACCCCUCCAUCACCACUGGUAGGAAAACUCCACCAGAACCUGAAGAAGAAACUCUGAAAAUUACACAAAAUGUUGCUGUAACUAGGAGUUUUCUAGAAGAUAGACCAGCUGGGAGUUUCCAUAUCUUGAAUCAGAAUAGACAAAAUGAUUCCCAGGGUGAUGCAACUAAUCCCUUGCGUUUUAAAGAGAAUGAUAUAUAUAGCAGUUACCAUAGCGAUCCAGAUAAGCUGCUUAUCAACAGUCAGGAUAAGGGAGCUAUUCCGAAGCGUUAUCCAAAAUAUGUGUCUGUGAAACCAGUAAAAUAUGUAAAAUUUGCUGAGGAAAAUGAAAUUGAUACAGUUAAUAUGGCAAUAGAUUCAGGAUUCAUGAAAGAUGAAAACAGAGCAGGGAGUAUGUCAAGAGGAAUUCUUAAAUCAUCCCUAAAAAGAGUAGAGUCAGAUCAUGAAGUGGAAGUUGGAAAUUUGUCUAUAGAAGAUGAAGCUGACAUUUCCCCAAUGAAGGCAGCAGACAAUGAAAACAUUAUAGAGAGCACUGUCAUACAAAAAACUAAAGAUACUCAGUCUUUUUACAAAAAAUUUCGGAGUUUGUCAGAUGAUGAUAUCCAAGUAACAACAACUGAUGAAAUGGAUAUGUUACCUCAACUGCCAAUUUCAGAGCUAAAUGCAGACACCCCGGAAAAAGAAAAUGAAACACUACCCGAAGUGGAUUCCGAUGAGUGUGAUAAUGUACCCAAACACACCGAUGUGCAAGACGCUGACGUGGAGAUUGAUGUUAUAGAAAGGGCAGCAAAACUUCUUGGUCUUGGACCAGACGUGGUGGCUAUGAAGGUACAAACUGCUCUUGUUGGCGAAAAACAUUCUGAUGCAAUUAUUGAUGACUUUUAUAUCACACCACAGAAUAAACAAAGCGACAAAAAGAAUGAUUCAGAAAAAGGGAGUUUAAUUGAGGAGCAAGUAAUAAGUGCAUCUGUGAAUGCUCCUUUCCAGAAAGAUGAUUCGAUGAAAAUGAUGUCUGUUCCCAUAGUUACUGAGACAAAGUGCAAUACUGAUUCAGUUAACAUGCCUUUAAAUGUAAGGCAGGAAGAAAUGGCUCCAGUGAAGGAUCCUCAUCAAUACAGUGAUGUAGCGCCCAUUGCUGUGGUAACUGAGAACAGAUUGAAGAGUGAACGAGAUAAAAGAAGAGAUGCGUUCUUCAAGGAUGUAAUUGAUGCUAAACCCAUUUCCAGCAGUGAAUCACAAAGUCCAUGGGGUCACAGAGAAUGGACAUCCAGACGUGUUCCAAAGUCCUCAACAACAUCAAUGACUGAAGCUAGUAAUGGUGUUAGUCAAUCUGCCCCUGGCAAUAACAUGAAAACGCAAAAUUUUGAUACUGAGACAAAUGAUACUUUUCAUGAAACAGCUUACAAAAAAGAAAAUACAAGUAAAGUGUAUAACAAGCAUGCAUUUGAAGAUAUCAGCUCGUAUGUCAUUAGUAGUCUUUUAGGCGAUCUAUCUGUAGGUGUGGACAGCGAGGAAACAAGCCAGGAAAAUACAUUAUCUGAAACGAGUGAAGAUUUUUCUUUGCAGUCACUGCCAGAAAGACAGUUUCUAGAUGAUAUUCGUAACAAAGUUGAAAGUGAAGAUGCAAUGAUGAAUGAAAACAAAACUGGAAGUAUGCAAGCAAUUAUUCACACGAGUGAAGAUGAAGCAUGGCACAUAGGCAAGAGUGUGGUUGUCCAAAAUGACAGUAGGGUUAGGGAGAGUUUUGAGAAUGAAGAUCUCUUGAUGGAUGAAAACAAAUCUAAAGUGUUUGACCAAAAUGAGAGCUAUGUUCAGAAUGAUGUUGAGGAUGAAGACUCUGUGAUGAAUGAACACAGAAAUGAAUGUGUCCAAGCAAUUGUUCAUACCAGUGAAGACAAUCUACAAGAUAUAAAUAUGAUAACAGAGAGAGAAGCUGACUCCACAAUGACUGAAAAUAAAAUUUUACAUGCACUUAUUCACAGUGAGGAUAAUAUACCAGAUGUAAACAAGACCAUGGUUGUCCAAAGUAAGAGUGGUACUGUAAAGAAAUCUAAGAACAUAUUAGUUGUACAGCAUGAGAACAUUGAUGGUAAGGUUAUAGAAGAAGUGAAGCAAGAUUUCAUCAAUGAACAGCUUAGUGAGGAUAAUCCUGUAAAUUUGUAUGCUGACAAUACCUUUCCUAGAAAUGUGACAAAGACACCUCCGACUCCUCCGAUACGUAAAGUCUUCCAUCCCGAUUGGAAAAUAAAUAAAUCGGAACCAGUGAUAACCGAACAAGACAUCUCAAAUACGCAGAUACCUGCAGCUACUGAGGAUGAAACCAAUGAUACUGAUGUACUUGUACCUGUCAUUGAUGAUUGGAUAAGUAGUCCAGCUGUGAGCAUUUAUACAUCCGAAACUGUUGACGAAAUGGCAGAACCAACAGUUCUCGAGAACAAGCAACUGUACUCAACAAAAGAAAAUACCACAAUACCAGAUUCUCAGUUAGGUUCAACUUCGACAGCAAUUUCCCAACCAGUUCAACAAGAACAGGAUCCAGAUGCCAUAACACGUGCAAUGGUAAAAGCUGCAAUUCAAAAACUCGAACACACUUCAACACAUGCAACUACUGAGAAGUUUAAUAUUGACUCUCAUAAAGAUGCAACUCCAAAGAUUCAAGAUGCUCCCAAGAUAGAAACAGUCACAGCCAAGUCUUCAAAUCCAGCACCUAAAUUGAUAAUACAUCCUCCCAAGACAGAUAGUUCAUUUAAGCAGAGAUUAAGCGGUUUUUAUGAUGAUAACUAUGAAUUAGAGAGUAAUAUUAGUGCUGGGUCAAUAGAUGGCAACAAAGUUACAAAGAGUAUUCAAGCUAAUCCAGCACUAUCUGCAGAAGCUGAAGAUUUUGAGAUGUUGUUUGAAUCUAUUGCAAGAUGGGAUACACGAGAAUCUCUUGAGCUGAUGAAGAGAGUUGAAUUGACUGCCAAACGUGAUGGAUUUACAGUUUUACAUCAAGCGGCCGUCUACAAUAUGCCUAUUAUUGUCACCGGUUUAUACGUCUAUGGUAGUUACCAAGAAAUCGUGGACAUGCUAGCAGGAUCUGAAGCUGGCAUGUUUUCAGGUUUGUCGGCUCGAGAUGUUGCAGAAAAGUGUAGAAAUGUCACUGUUAUGCAGAUGAUUGAUAAGUAUCGGGAAUGCGAGUAUUACCUGACCUCAAUGCAUCAUGCAGCUCGUGGAGGAAAUUUAGCUUUAAUUCAAACAUUGUGGGAAAACGGUAGCAAUAUUAACAUUGCUGGUAAUCAUGGUAACACACCUCUGUACAUGGCUGUUUGUGCAGGUCAAUUACGGGCCGUGCAGUUGUUGUUAAGGUAUGGUGGCGAUCCAAUUAUUGUAUGUGAUCGAGAGAAAACACUAUUACAUAAAGCCGCAGAGUGGGGACACCUACAUAUUUUGAAAUAUCUGGUCUCUGAGUGUGGCUUUGAUGUAAACGUACGCAGUAAAGAUGGUAUCACACCAUUGCAUUUGGCAGCCUCUUAUGGCAACCCUGUUAUUGUGAAAUUUCUACUUGAUCAUAAAGCUUUUAUUAGUAUCCCUUCAAAUUUUAAUGAAACACCACUCUUUUGGGCGAUCGCCAAUGGCAAUGUUGAAGUGGUUCAGAUGAUGGUAAAGAGAGGUGCACGCUCAGAGUUGAAACCGCAUAGCACCUUGCGAGCACGAAAUCUGAAUUUCUUUCAUGUUGCAUCAUCAAGUGGCCAUGUAGAAAUGUGUAUGUACCUCUUAGAUUUAGGGUUUAAUAUUCAUGACGUUACGUUCAAAAGCAUGGAAAUGAAUACUUAUUAUGCCGAGGGUGUCACAGCAUUGCAUCUUGCCGCUGGACAUGGGCAUCAUAACGUUGUUUAUUUCCUGGUGGACCAAGGGGCUAAAGUAGAUGCCCGAGAUCAAGAAGAUUGCACAGCGUUACAUUAUGCAGCUGAGCAAGGUCAUCCUAUCACUAUUCAGAAACUGAUACACUUUAACGCAUCAAUAAAUGCUCAAAAUUGGCAUCUUUACACACCUCUGCACAAAGCAGCACUACAUGGGCACUUAGCAGUCACUGAGUUGUUGAUUGAUAAUGGUGCUUACAUUGACUUGCCAGUUUUGAAUGAUUUUGGUGGAUAUACCCCUUUACAUCUUGCAGCUGCUGAAGCCCACUAUGAUGUUGUCCAACUACUUGUCAAUCAAGGAGCUUCUCUUGAUUUCAUUGACAGCUGCAAACAGACACCACUCCAUUUAGCUACAAAGAAUGGGCAUUUAGAAAUUGUUCAGUUAUUAUAUUCUAGUGGUGCCUCACUUAGCAUGAAAGACUAUAAAGGUGAAACUCCACUCAGUCUAGCACAGAAGAAAAAAUAUUCUGAGAUCUCAAAAUUUUUGAAAGCGAAUGGCGCUACUGGAAAAUCUUCCCUGAAAAAAAAGUUGUUCAAAAUAGGAACUCCCAAAUCUUAA